UUUCAUCGCCGAUGCCCUCGCCCUCAGCCUCCGCCUCGGAAGCGGUCAGAAGUCAAGCAGUCAAGCUAGCUCUCCUCAGAUUCAUAUUAACUAGAUCUGAACUCCAGAUUUGCCAAAGAAAAUGAGGACACAAUUGGAAAUAAAUACAGAGAUUUUGGCAAAAGGUAUUUCUUCACAAUCAGCAUCAAAUUCAAAUUUUCUUCACAAUUUAACAAUAGAAAAUCAAUUUUGAGGUUGAAAUACUACAUGCAUACGCUAGACACAGGCUUUCUUCUUAUUAGUUAAAAAAAUAUUUUUCAUAUAUAGUGUCUUUACAUUAAUGUUUCUCAGCUUCUCAUGUUUUCAUUCUCCCACCCAAUGAUCAUACAAUUUGACUGCUAACUCUUCCUAAUCUUCUUUAAUCCACAGUACUUGCUUUUUGUGCACUAUAAUUGUUUUCAUUCCACGCAGGCCCCACGAAUCAGUCGGCCAUCUGCUCCUUCUUGUCAUAUCAAUACAGUUACACAGUUGUUUUAGUGUAUGAAUUGUUUAUGGAAGCUUUUCGGAGCAUGUAAAGCUCAGGGGUCAUUAACUCAAUUGCAUUGCCAUUUGAUAAAAACUGGGUUAAUUCAAGAUGUUACCUUUGUUGCAAGGCUAUCUGAUUUCUAUACUACAUUUGAACUUUUCAAAAAUGCGCUCAAAUUGGUUGACGAAAUUCCUAGUAGAAGUGUAUACAUAUGGAACCGCAUCCUUCAGCGUUGUUGCAGGGAAAAACGAUAUGAAGAAGCAUUGUCUAUCUUUUCUUAUUUGUUUUCUUGUGAAAAGCCUGAUUCUUUUACUGUGGGUAGUGCAUUGAAGGCGUGUUCUGGACUAAUGGCAGUUAAUUUCGGCAAAACGAUUCAUUCGUUAAUUAAGAAACAUGAUAUACUUGAUUCAAAUUUGUUUAUUGGGUCGGGCCUUAUUGAAUUUUAUUCCAAGUGUGGAAAAAUGGGUGAGGCUCUACGAGUUUUUGAGGAAUACCACAAUCCAGAUAUUGUUUUGUGGACUGCACUGGUCUCUGGGUAUGAGCAAAAUGGUGAGCCUGAGAGAUCACUAACUACUUUUGCUGAAUUAAUAAUGUCUGAUGGUGUUAGCCCUGACAAUGUAGCCCUUGUUAGUGUUGUUUCAGCUUGUACUCAGUUGUCCAAUAUGAAUGUUGGAAGGAGUAUUCAUGGGUUUGCAAUUAGAAGUUGCUUUGAUAUAUACCUGCCCUUGUUGAAUGCUUUUUUAAAUUUAUAUGCAAAGACUGGAGAUAUCCUUGCUGCGGAAAAUUUGUUUAGUGUGAUGGAAGAGAAAGAUGUGAUAUCAUGGGGCUCUAUGAUCUCAUGCUAUGCACACAACGGGGCUGCUAACAAGGCACUGAGUCUUUUUAAUGAGAUGAUCGUUAGGGGAGUUGAGCCCAACUCGGCUAGUUUUAUCAGUUCUUUGCAAGCGUGUGAAGCUGCUGGCAAUUUAGUGGAGGGGAGAAAGAUACACGAACUUGCAGUUCUGAAAGGAUUUGGGUUAGAUAUCUUGGUAUCCACAGCUUUGAUCGACAUGUACAUGAACUGCUGCUGCCCAAGGGAAGCAAUCAUGGUUUUUGAGGAAAUGCCAAAUAGAGAUGCUGUUUCUUGGUUUGCUGUGCUACACGGGUGUGUUAAGAAUGGAAUGACGCACAAGUCAAUGGUAAUUUUUCAUGAUAUGUUGGCUCGUGGUAUCCAGCCCGAUGCCAAUGCCAUGGUUAAAAUUUUGACAGCUUGUUCAGAGUUAGGGGUUCUUCAACAAGUUUGUUGUCUUCACAGUCGUGUAAUUAGAAGUGGGUUUGACAAUAAUUCCUUUGUUCGGGCAUCGCUUAUAGAAUGCUAUGCAAAAUGUGGUAGCUUGGGUGAUGCCAUCAACGUCUUCGAGGAAAUAAAAGAUAGAGAUGUUGUCAUUUGGAGCUCUAUGCUUGCAGCUUAUGGAAUUCAUGGGCAAGCGAGGGAAUCAAUCAGUUUAUUUUCUCAAAUGAUUAGAAGUUCCGUAAGUAGGCCCAAUAAUGUUACCUUUCUCUCGAUUUUAGCUGCUUGUAGUCAUGCUGGUCUAGUUAAGGAGGGCAUUGAAUUCUUUAAUACAAUGGUGCAUCACUAUGACUUGAUACCCGAGUCCAAGCAUUAUUCUGUAUUGGUUGAUCUGCUGGGACGAACCGGGGAAUUGGAUCAGUCCAUUAGUAUAAUCAAUCAAAUGAAAAAUCGAAUCGGAGCUGAUGUAUGGGGAGCUUUGCUUGGUGCCUCUAGGAUACAUCAUAAUGCAGAGAUAGGAGAGAAUGCUGCAAGAAAUCUUUUCCAGUUGGAUCCUGAUAACAUGGGAUAUCACGUUCUGUUAUCAAAUAUUUAUGCAGUUGAUGGGAAAUGGGAUGAUGCUAGUGAAUUGAGAACUUCAAUUAAAGACAGAGGGCUGAAAAAGAUACCUGGUGAAAGUGUUGUUGUUGAAUUGAGGAGUAAAGUACAUUGCUUCAUAGCUGAUAAUCUCAGUGGCAGUUUGCUGGAUUGGCUGCAAAUCACUCUUACAUUUCAAGGAAGAAUAACUCCGGUUAGGUAACAUCCUUUAUCAAUUUUUUGCUGCCAGUUAUCAGCAGAGCAGCUCAGUUACGGUCAUUGUUGCUCUGUAAUUGAUAAUCUUCAUUGCAUUCUCUGUAUAUGCUUGUUAAGAGUUUCACAUUGAAAAAAUAAGAGAGAACAUAUAGGUUUAUAAGGACAUGGUUAGACUAGCUAAUUGAUUGGAUUCAAUUUUUAGUGUGUUUUGACUCAUGCGCGUUAUAGUCUUUUUUGAAUACAUGCGCAUUAUAGUCUAAUUUUAGAUUAUUAUAACAAUAUUGGUAAUCCAGUUUGGGUUUUUUGUGUC